AUGGCAGCUCAGGGAAGAGGCAGUGCAGCUCUCGUCGCCGGCGCCCUCCUCGUGCUCCUGUCCCUGCUCGCUGGCGCCGCCGCUGCCAAGACGACGUACAUUGUCGGCGACGACGCCGGGUGGACCAAGAACCUCGAGGCCUCGUGGCUGGCCGGCAAGACCUUCUACGCCGGCGACGUGCUCGUGUUCAAGUACGACAAGGAGCACCACGACGUGUCGGUGGUGGGCGGCAAGGGGUACCAGCGCUGCCAGCUGCCCAAGCACAGCGACCACAGCUGGGUGCUGCGCACCGGCAACGACGCCGUGACGCUCCGCAGGGGCAACAACUACUUCAUCUGCGGCCAGCCGGGCCACUGCCAGAACAACAUGAAGCUACACGUCAACGCCCUGUAA